AUGACUGUCUGGGCAGUCGGCACAACGAAUCGUGCCAAGGGAGAGAGCGUUGUCACAGUUGUGAACAAGUGCUUUCCCAAUGAGACCCAUGAGGUGCGUCUUUGCGGCGUCAGCUCCGGGGUCAGUGAUCAGCCCAUGUCGGCAGAGGAGACCCAGCGAGGUGCUCUAAACAGAGCCAAGGCUGCCCUGGAAGUCACUUCUGACGCUGACUACGGUGUCGGGCUGGAAGGUGGCAUCGAGCACAUUGCUGGUCGUUGGUUCGAGUGCGGAUGGAUGGUCGUUCUGGAGCGGAAGACGGGCAAGUGCGGGAUCGGAUCUUCUGCGCGUUUUGAGAUGAGCGAAACGAUCAUGAGACCCAUUCUCAACGAAGGGAAAGAGCUAGCGGAGGUGAUUGACAACCUGACUGGUGAAAAGGAUGUGCGCUCCGGCCUUGGUGCAAUGGGCGUGCUGACGGCUGGCCGCCUUGGCCGCGCAGCAGCUUAUGAGCACGGACUGGUGUUCGCGCUAGCUCCGUUUCUCUCUGACAGCAAGUAUUGGUGA